AUGACAACAGACAAAAUCACUGUCACUGCCUCUCAGUCUAGUGUCACUGCCAGUUUGACCCAGGAAAUUCAACCAGCAGUUCAUAAUGCAGAUGCAGAGACAGACAGCGCUAGGUCAUCUGAUGAAAAGAUCUCAGCUGUUAUAUACACUGAAGAUGCCAAAGGUAAUGAAAAAACAUUUUCUACUGAUAAUUCUAUACAUAAACGAUUCAAAAGUAUUGACGAUGCUGAUGUAAAAAUAUUUGAAGCUUUGAACCAAUCUGAAGCAACAACAAAAAAUACACGGUGGGCUUUAGGAAUUUUUGAAGAAUGGCAUGUUGAAACUUAUGGAACAAAGGCUGCUUGGGACCAGAAUUCAUUAGAUCCACAGAUUUUAGCACAAAAGCUGUCAAAAUUCUAUUUCAGUACAAAGCCAAAGGAAAUUGAAAAGAGAUUUGAAGUAUUGGAUGCAUCUUUAGCUCAUAAUUACCAUAAAAAUACAAUGAAAAAUAUUAGAGCAGCAUUAAAUAGACAUUUAUCAGAUAUAAACUCAGAAAUUAACAUUGUUAAUGACAGACGCUUCAAGAUACCAAAUCGAGUUUUAGAUGGUCUCUUAAAAUCUCAAAUGAGAGAUGGAACUUCAAGAGCUACCAAACACAAAGAUAUUAUUGAAGUUGUUGAUUUACCAAAGAUUCAUAAAUAUUUCGACAAUACUGCACACGUCAACCCAAUUGAUUUACGCCUAUAUGUUUGGUAUAUGAUUGCCUUACAUUUUGUAACCAGGGGGCUUGAAUUUCAUUAUCAGCUCAAUUUAAAUUCCUUUGGCUUUGCACUUGAUGCAAAAGGACACGAGUAUGCUUACUUAAAACAUGAAACGAAACAUGGUAUAACAACAAACCAUUAG